UGUGUGAGAGUGCAGGGCUUUGUAUACAGUGGCUGGAGCUCGGCCCUUUAACAAUGGAUAGUGUGAGCCAGGCGGACUGAUGGACUGGGGCAGCUCGCAGACUGGGGGCUACGACAUGAGCUGGGGGUCUUGGAGCUCAUCACUGACUCAGGUCUGUGGGGGGAGCUGGGGGGCUACAUGGGGCUUGUUUAGGGAACUUCUAUGGGGAGGGGGGCUACAGGAGAGACCCCCACAUAUAUAAACUAUGUGUGACCCUGAUUACCCCCUCCUAGUACUCACUGCAAGCCUGGCCUGCACCCAUAUUUAAUUUAAUAUAUACCUCCUGUGCAGCUAUAGUGUAUAUUGGAUCACCACCACAAUGUGUAUAUAAUAUUAUUACUAACAUCUUAACUUGCAUCCCACUAAAUCAGCCCCCAGUAUGUUUUACCCCCUAUUUUGUAACAAAAAAAAACCAAACAAAAAUAAAUAAAACAUGGAUGGAUGGAUACAGUAUCUAUUAUUUAAUUUCUGUUGGUUGAUCUUGGUUCUAAACAUUCUCUAACUCUCUCUUUUUAUGACAACUUGGAGUAGGGGGGUUAGAGAUUUUGGUGUUGUGUCUGAUGAAAUAUAUUAUUUGGCAUUUCAACAUUUUUGCUUUAGUUAAAAAAAAAUUUUUAAAAAAAUACUUAAUUCUUAAACCAUAUAAAUGCAUUACUGUGAGUAAUUACAUUUUAGAUUAUAGAGAGAAGGACAUUGAUUUUUUUUUUUUUUGUCAAUUUUUUUAUCCUUGUAAGGCAAUUGCAGAAACAUGUAGAUUUGUAGAAAUUCCACUUUUUUUUCUUCUUUUUUUUUUUUUUAAUUUGAAUCGAUUACAGGUGGGCUGAGUAAGGUCUGGACAUCCCCCCCCCCCUGUUUGAGACUGAAGGGUUAAUCCAUUGGUUGCCUUUAAUUAAGUGCAAAUAAGGAUAGGGGUAGGGUUUUUGUAAGAUCACAUUUGAGGAACUCUUUGUAUGUAAACUGAAGCUGAAGUACUUGAAUUUAGCUCCCUUGAGUAAACCUGCUCAUUCCAACUUACCUUUUAUGUUCCAGGAGUGACUUUGGCUGCUCUCAACCCUCUGAUCGCCCAAGAAAUGGAAUUGGAGGGGCUAUGGUGGAAGGGGCAGCUAGCUGCUGAUAUCCAUCAGACACUGAGAUAUAAAGUAAGUUUGUGUCCUAUUACCUGCACGUCUGUCUUGUCGCAGAGAAUUAAUCAUUUAGAUACAUUGCCUGUGUGUGGUCUAUGUUUACAUUCAUAUAGAAUGGCACCCUCUCUUCUCACAGGGAGAUAUGCAGUAUGUCCUGUCUUACUGAAAUGGCUUAUGGUUGCAUGAAUAUAUUUUGUAUAUUUUCCUCUCCUGUAUUUAGAAUUUCACAUUUUGGAUUUGAAUUCCAUUUCCUAAAUGCUGAUGUUGAUGAUCAAUAUUUUAGUAGCCUCUGUGUUUUGGCUGUUGAAACAAAAAUAUAGAUCUCCUGUGUUUUUGAUUUGACUAUCAGAGUUGAUCUUUCUUUUUCUAAUAAUUGUUGUCAUUGUGUAUUAUUUUUAUUUAAUUUUUUUUUUAUUUCAAGUCAUUUAUUUUUUUUGUUUAUUUGACUUUCUUCCUACUAAAGUCAAAUUCUGGCAUGGGAGGUAAUAACCCAAGUUGAUCCUCCUGUAAGGGAUAUUGCCCCAGGGUUGGGUCUUGGUGUCUUAUUGUCCUGUGGGUCUCCUGCCUGUGCUCUGCUUAGACCAGCUGGUAGUUUCCCAAUUCUCCCAUUUCACACUGCAGUGUUAAGUAGCAUGGUGUCUGCAGAUCCCCCAGGUCAUAUCUGUUUGAAAAUACUUUCUGAGCAGGCAGAGGGGUGCUGCAGCAGCAAAUAGAUUUUCACGGUUUUAAAUCCUUUUGUUAGUUAACAGCAGGCAAGGACAUCCCUCAUAACUGCAAACUGGCCAGCAUUUCAAACAGACAUAUUCCUUUUGUUUUUGCAAAGGUCCUUUUUAUUGAGCGUAGUGUGGAUUUUCACUUUAAUCAAAGGCUGAAAACAGAUCACUUAGAAGUUUGUGAGAUUUGUAACCUAUAGCUGCUUGCAUCAUUUAAGUUUGUUCGUUCGUUGUGUUUUUUGUUUUUUUGUCACCUCCCUUUUUAAUUCUAACGGCCACUCAACUGAGUGGAUUAUAUUGCCAUGGCAACCCACAUUAAUUAUUUUUGAUGAAUUGUGGUUUCUUACACGCCAAGCAUGUCUAUAAUCUGGACAACUGAAUUGCUGCUCUUGGCAUAUUACCUACAUAAUAAAUGAUUAGUUGUGUGAGGUUUUAUUUUAUUCUUUUGUAGCAAAGAACAUUGUUUUUUUAAUAACUCCUAUUUAAUGAAUUGUUGCUGGACUGUUUUAGUGCUCCCAAAUAUCUGUGCUUUUUAAACAACAUUUUGUUAAAAGGAUUUUAGUGUAAUUGUAGGUUUUUUUUGUUUGUUUUUUUUUUUUUUUUUCUAAAUUGCACACUAUUAAACAAUUUGAAAUUAAUAAAUGCAUAUUUAUUUUUCAUGCACUCAUAUGCUUGUCUGUAGAGCUACAUACUUCUUUAUGAAUUCACUGUCACAAAAUCCAUUGAGAUUGCACGUUCUCUCUCAAAUCUUUUUUUGGAAUCCACUUGCUCUUUCUAUAAAUUAAUGUUUGCAUAGUCGAAAAGGAACAUUAAGGUACAUUAAUGGAUCACCUUAAAAUCAGAGCGUAUGUUCUUGAAACAUGUCAUAUUUUGCAGAAUUUCAAUGUGAUAGAAAUGUGAUUUUUAUUUUUACUUUUUUCCAAUUUUGCUAUUAAUUUCUCAACUCUACAAAAACUUCAAGUUUAGUGAAUAAUCCCCAGCUGUCAAUUCAUUACUUAUUCACUGCUUGGUGAAUUACACCCCCAUGCCUAUUGUAGAACAAGGGAGAAUAGGUUUUACAAUGGGUGGAGUGGAACAUCCAGCUGUGAUUGAGCUGAAAGUUGCAGAACAAUCAGGCAGCGGUUUAAGUUUAUGCUAAAAUAGAGUAGUAUGCAACACUUCAAAGUCUUCUAAUCUUCCUCCAGAGACUUGGCUGGGAUGAUGUGAAUUGCAAUCCUGAAUAAAUUGUAUUAAAUAUCUGAAGGGGUAAUAGAUCAUGAUGAUGUAACAGUGUAUGACUGCAAUACAGUAUGUAAUGGACUGGUAGACAUUAUUUGGUUUACAGCAGUCUCUUCUAGCGGAAUUUGAUCUUUUUAGUUUGUUUUCGAACUGAGCUGUUUAAAAUGCCCAGCUAUUUCAAACUCAAAAUCUCACAAUUCUUGUUUUUAAAGUUCCAAAAUCAUUUUAUACAUGGUUUAUUAUUUCUUUUAUUCCAUUUUGAUGGACCAGCUCUGAUAAAGGAAUAUAAUUGUUGAGACAUUUGCUUUUCCUCAAUGUGACUGAAUGGAAUGUGCAUUUUAAUUUGAGGGACAUUCAACCUAUAUCAAGUCUAUUCCUUACAGUGUGAAUGUCCAAUCUUACACCAAUGAAUUAAAAAGGGGAGACUGAGAAUUUUUACAAUUUUGGCUAUUUUGUUGUAAAAUAUGAAAUUCACAUUGAAUUCCUGAAACAUCAAAUUUUUGUGAAUAUUUAUGAUAUUCUCUCCAACUGGGUAUUGUAGAGAACUGACAAUAAAGACAAAGUUUAAGCCCAAACAUUAAUUUUUUUUCACUUCAUCUAUUUUGGCUACUUUGGUUCACAAUGUUUGCAAUUCCCUUGUCAAUUCUUCCCAAUUCACAUUCCCCUGGAUGUUUUCACUUUACUGAUGUUGUAAAAUUCCUAGUGUAAUCAUAGCAAUGUUUCCUAAUCUUUUGUGCUAUCUCUGUUUACUUAGGAACUAAGGCUUCCUUCCUACAAAGGGCAGUCUCCGCAGCUGACCCUAAGACGCUACUUUGCAGACCUGAUCGCUAUCGUCAGUAAUCGUUUUAAGCUCUGCCCAACAGCCCGACACCUUGCGGUUUACCUGCUGGAUCUGUUUAUGGACCGAUAUGACAUUUCUAUCCAACAGCUACAUAUUGUGGCUUUAUCCUGCUUGCUUUUAGCAAGUAAGUAUUAUUAUGUGAAGUUAAAUGCAACUUUUCUAAAAUGCUGUUUGAACUGUAAUAUGACAAUUAUUAUUUUUUUAAUAUAAUUUUCUUUUGAUAUCGAACAGGGGAAAGAAAUGUAACCUUAAUUCUUAUUUUUUUCACGUCUUUUAAUUUUGGUGUGGUGGUGCUUUUGUGGAUAUCUUUAAUUACUUCCACAAAAUUCUGUUUUAAUCACCUCCCAAUAAAGUCAGGUGUGUUUAUAAAUCAUGCCUUUUUUUUGUUUUUGGGUUCAAGGUGUGAUUUCUUAUAGCAGCCCUCAAGUUUGUAUACUAAUCACACCUUUAAAGGGGCACUCCAAAAACCAGCUUGGAUGUAAAAGGCUAGAUUUUCAGUAUGUUUAGCAGGGUGUGUGUAUAAUUUUUAUUUAUUUUUUUUCCUUCUAAUUCACUUUCUAAAUAAUGCAUAAAGUGUGUGAAUUGCCGCUUGGGAUGUAUCUUUUCAAUAUUGACAUUUUGUGCAUCACAGGGCUUACCUUGUUUUUUUGUUUUUUUGUUUUGUUUUUUAAACCAUAUUAUCCAUGCGUUGCAAGUUACUUGCUGCUGUGAGCCUGGGUAAUCGCCAACCCGCUGAAGCCGACUAGCAAUUUUGAGGCAUGACUUGUACUAUUUGCAAGUUACCAGACUCUGUAAAACUGUAUUGCAGUGUGUGUGUCUUGUUUUUAAUAGAAAUUGUGUACUUGGUGAGCAAAGCUACAAAUAUUCAUUAUUUUUAUUUUAAUUGUUUUUUUUUUUAUUUUAGUUAUAAGUUUUUAAAACACUGCUAUUGAGUUAUGUAAUCUUUCAACUUUCUUAUCCAAACCUAAUUACUUCUAAGUGGCAGAUUUCCUAAUCCACAGCGGCUAAUGAUAUUUGCACUAGAGAUGUUAAUGAACUACAUUUCUAAUAACUGUUAUGGGAAAAGACGCUGCCAAAUGCUCAGAGUGCCAAGAUUGUCCUCUGUGUCUCUGCUGCUUUAAUAACUUAUCACAUGACUAAUACGUAAGAAAUGUCUGAAAACGCGUAUAUGACACAGGGUAGGGAUUGGCACCUCUAUUCUUUGAGUUUCAGAAUGAAUCACUUUAUUUCUUCGUUUGCCAGAGUGAGACUGCUCCUAGUUUACUUGGAGUGCUCAGAAAUCUAAGAGAUAUUCAGCAUUGGCAACCUACUGACCUGCUUUUUAACCAAGUACCCUAUAAGGCUAUUCAGUAAAUUGUAACUUGUCAGAAGUUCAGCGAGUUCAAGUUUUGGGCCUCAAUAACUGAAUUGAAAAACUUUAAUCCACGUUUACUAUGUUUUAUGUUUAGCUUUUUGGUCUGAAAUUUUAAAUUCACUUUGAAUUUCCCAAAAACUCAGUUGAGUGAAAAACCGUGUUUAAAAUUUCACUUUAAUUCUUUUUAAAGAUCUGAUUUCAAAUUGUUUUAUUGGAUCCAUGUGCUUGUUAGAAGGGCUGAGUCCUUUUGAAUACAGGGUGGUGUCGCCUCCAACUGUGUAGCUAUUCUUGUUGAUUUUACUUUCUAAUUAAAAGACCUAUUUUGUUUUGCCAGUUCGUAUCCCUCCCCUCUACAUUAACAUAGCUCAUAUUUUUAUGACCAUUAAGUGGCGUUAAUUUAAAACUGCAUUUUGGUCACUAAGACGCACUGUUAUCUUUCGCUGUGUGUUGCAUAUAUUUGAAUAAAAUUUAUUGCAAAACCCACACAGCAUAUUAAUCUUAUUGAGAUGGCUUUUGUUUAGCCAAUUAAUGCAUUCGAAUGUUGGAGCAAUGAAUAUUCAGAGUAAUAGGAUAGAAUUGGUUUCCUUAUAGAAUUUAGCUAGAUUGUUUCUGUAAAGGUCACAUGGAGGUUGGCAUCCUUAAGAAGUGCUUCACUGUUUGCACUUAAACAAAUGUCAAACCUUUGAUGGAAAAUGGCUUUCUCCAUACUGUUAGGAGAAACUCCAUGGCUUUGGUAAAAACUUCACAACAAUUUGUUUCACAGCGGAAAGUCAAAAAAGGGAAUUGUGAAACAUUUAGACGACAAAACUAAAUUAAGGGGACCUCCAACACUGCUAAAUUUGCAGAUAUUAGGAUUUAUUCAAUUUUAUAAAUAAAAAAGAUUCUAAAUGUUAUCAGAUGUAAGUGAUGGACUGUAAAGAAGCAGCAGACAGAGGAGUCCCCUAGCCCCAUAACCUAUAAAAAGACUGUUCUCUAGCUUUAAAACCUCUUCAUUGUUAAAGCUUAAAAUAACAUAAUUAAAUAAUGUAACUAGUACUAGAAUGGCUGGGCGAGAGGUUGCACAGUUCCUGAUUCGUUAAUCGUUAUCCUUUAUUCCAUGUAAUCCAAUUCUACCAUUUAUUUAUUUAUAUGAUAUGUAUGAUAUAUAAACAAAUAGGUUCUUUGUUAAAAGGACUCUCCAGUGCCAAGAAAACAUAUGUUUUCCUGGCACUGCAGGAGCCUGCAGUGCCUCUCUCCCUCCUACCCCCCCAUCCCAUGUUGCUGAAGGGGUUAAAACCUCUUUAGUGACUUACCUGAAUCCAGCGCCGAUGUUCUCAGCGCUGGGUCAGGCUCUGCCCACGCUCCUCCCCCCACCGAAGUCAGCCGGCGGGGGAGACCUAAUGCACAUACACAGCAAUGGCCGCGCACGCGCAUUAGACCUCCCCAUAGGAAAGCAUUAUUUAAUGCUUUCCAAUGGGGAUUCCGGCGACGCUGGAGGUCCUCAUGCAAAGCGUGAGGUCGUUUAACCCCUUAAGGACCAAACUUCUGGAAUAAAAGGGAAUCAUGACAUGUCACACGUCAUGUGUCCUUAAGGGGUUAAAACACUUUUUAUAUUCUAAGAACACGGAAGUCCCUCUAGUGGAUGUCUGACAGCCACUAGAGGAGGACUUAACCCUGCAAGGUAAUUAUUGCAGUUUAUAAAAACUGCAAUAAUUACACUUGCAGGCUUAAGGGUGGUGGGCAUUUGCACCCAGACCACUCCAAUGGGCAGAAGUGGUUUGGGUGCCUGGAGUGUCCAUUUAGGGAAUAAUUCUGAUAUACUGAUAUACUGUGCCUACUGUCAUCCAGUAUAAGACUAUUGCCGCUUCCACUACAGAACCCGUAACCCAACCACUGACUACCCACGGUGCAGUUUAGCCGGAUGACCCCUAGCUGCUCUAGAACCAAGUUGUAAACUAGAAGAAAAAAAAACCAUCAUAAUAAUAAUAAUAAUAAUAAUAAUAAUAAUAAUAAUAAUAAUAAUAAUAAUAAUAAAUAUAUAUUUAUUAUUAUUAUUAUUAUUAUUAUUAUUAUUAUGAUGGGUUUUUUUAUAUUUUUUUAUUCUAGUUUACAACUUGGUUCUAGAGCAGCUAGGGGUCAUCCGGCUAAACUGCAGCGUGGGUAGUCAGUGGUUGGGUUACGGGUUCUGUAGUGGAAGCGGCAAUAGUCUUAUACUGGAUGACAGAUGUAGUUUAUAUCUUCAUCACCUUAGACAGGCCAUUACGGCUAUAACUACAUAUGAUACUGCAUAAAGGUGGAGGGGGUGGUGGGAGAUAUCAUUUAGGUUGAAUAACCUAUCUAGCUGAGAGUGGACAGGGCGUAAGUACCCUAUACUAGCUGUGCAUUUAAACAAAAGUGGAACAUAACACAAAAGAAACUGUAAAAUAAACAUGGUGUGUGUGCACAUUGUGCCCAAUUGAGUGACUCAGGUAGUGUCCACUGCAGGAGGGUCUAGAUGGGGCUUCCUGGGAAUGAACGGUGCCACCGCUGCCGGAUUCAACCUAUGGGGUGUUUGCUCUGCUUCACUGGGCCCAGUGUUUAACGCAAUGUCCUGAGGUAUGUUUAGGGAGGUCAGCUGCGUCUUAGCAUUGGCCAUAUUGUGUAUGAGGUUUGUCUACAUCCUUGAGGACCAGGAGCAUAUGGGCGGUGCGCCAUCUUUAUUGAAUUUGGCAGAGUUUUGACGGGAGCUAGUUCGCGCCUCUACGCUAUGUGCCACCUGAGAGGUCCACAAAGAAAGUGAGAUACAUCAAUUAUCUCUUUUGAAUACAAUGUAACAAAAUGCAUCUUCCAAUUCCUUACUGUUUCACAAACACCUUGUAACCCUUGUCUGUUGUCAUGCUGUAUCAAAGAACAGAUUGUGUGGGGUUUUGUUCUUUUCUUUUUUUUUAAUUUAGGGCAAAACAAAGAUUGUCACAAAGAAUAUGGUUAGUAGGUCAAAAGCAAUUUUAAAGAGACACUAUAGUCACCUGAACAACUUUAGCUUAAUGAAGCAGUUUUGGUGUAUAGAACAUGCCCCUGCAGCCUCACUGCUCAAUCCUCUGCCAUUUAGGAGUUAAAUCCCUUUGUUUAUGAACCCUAGUCACACCUCCCUGCAUGUGACUUGCACAGCCUUCCAUAAACACUUCCUGUAAAGAGAGCCCUAUUUAGGCUUUCUUUAUUGCAAGUUCUGUUUAAUUAAGAUUUUCUUAUCCCCUGCUAUGUUAAUAGCUUGCUAGACCCUGCAAGAGCCUCCUGUAUGUGAUUAAAGUUCAAUUUAGAGAUUGAGAUACAAUUAUUUAAGGUAAAUUACAUCUGUUUGAAAGUGAAACCAGUUUUUUUUUUCAUGCAGGCUCUGUCAAUCAUAGCCAGGGGAGGUGUGGCUAGGGCUGCAUAAACAGAAACAAAGUGAUUUAACUCCUACAUGACAGUGAAUUAAGCAGUGAAAUUGCAGGGGAAUGAUCUAUACACUAAAACUGCUUUAUUUAGCUAAAGUAAUUUAGGUGACUAUAGUGUUCCUUUAAGAGUAUUUCAAGUGCUCAAUGGUCUAAAAAGAGCAGUACCUUCCAUACAUGUAGAUAUUGAGGAGUGUUGUGCAUCUAUAUGUUUAAUGUAGUAAACAAAAUCUGUAUUUUAGAGUUUAAAGAUCUGAUUCCCCCCCCCAGAUUCUGGAUGUCAGGGCUGAGUUUAGCAGUGGGCUAUUACUACCUCAAGUUUAACUGCAACAUGCAGUUUUAGCACACAUUUUUUUUCUUAUGGCUGCCUUGACACAGCCAGACCUGCCAUGCAAGAGACUGUAAGGCCCCAUUCUGCAGUGAGGGUACUUGCGUGCAUGUCACACUAUCAUGCAUGCGCAUAUUCUGCAUUCUCAUCAGAUAUAUGAAUUUUUCUAGAGCAUCAUGGGUAAUAGUGUCGCUCGGAAUACAGAACUGCUGCGUACAUAAGUUUUUUUUAAUUUGUACCUCUGUUAUACUGCUCAACCCAGUAAGGAUUUCAGUAAAAUUCACUGGGGUGAAGGCAAGAGAAGCUAUCACUUUCAGGGGAGACUAAGCAAAAUCUCGCUAUGGGUUCGUGCAGAAAUAUAGGGGUGUAAAAAUGCUUAUACCCUGCAUUGUAGGCUUGCAGGAUAAUUCUGUAACUUUUGAGUCCAUUCACCCCUCCAGCUGUUAAGCUAAAAUGAAUACUUUACCUCAAGGCACGAUAACGUCUAUUAAACAGUCUUUAGUCUUUCAUCUUUCCAUAAACCUACAGUGUUUUCACACUUGACUAAUGAUGUUUGGUUGUCGAGAAACCACGUAUCAUAGACCUCGACACUACUUAUUAAUUCUUUUAUUUGUUCUCCUCAGGUAAAUUUGAAGACAAAGAAGAUCGUGUGCCAAAGUUGGAUCAGCUGAAUAGCCUGGGGUGCAUGACCAACAUGAAUUUGGUGCUAACUAAACAGAAUCUACUUCACAUGGAGCUUCUGCUGCUAGAAACCUUCGAGUGGAACUUGUGCCUCCCAACGCCAGCCCAUUUUAUUGAAUACUACUUGUCCAUUGCUGUUCAGGAUACUGACCUCCAUGAUGGCUGGCCCAUGAUCUGUCUAGAGAAGACAAAGAUCUAUAUGGCAAAAUAUGCUGAUUACUUUCUAGAAGUUUCUUUGCAAGGUACAUCCACCUUGGCAUUGUUAUUAUGUUGAGGAUUUGUUUUUGUUUUGUUUUUCUCCUGUGCUUUAGAUCUUAUUGUUGGCUUUCCUUUUUUUUUUGCAGAUCACGUGUUUUUAAAUUACGUUCCAUCGCUCGUGGCAGCUGCUUGCAUAGCGGCGUCUAGGAUUAUCCUGCGACUUUCGCCAUCCUGGCCCUCAAGGUUAAAUCGCCUUACUGUGUAUACUUGGGAAAUCCUUGUGCCUUGCAUCGAGAGGCUACUGGUGUAAGUACCAUCGAAUUUGUGAGGCAUAAUUGAUUUAAUAUAAUUCUUGUACGUUUAGGUUUUUUUGGGGGGGGAGAAGCGGGGGUUAUUGUUUUUUAAAGUGGUCUGGUUUUAACGCAUAUGGACACAUUGUAAUAUUGAUCAAGGGUCAUUAUAGAGCAUGAGGUCUGGGAAUGAGAUGAGCACACAUAGAUGAAAAGGAGGAGGAGAAAUGAUUUUGUGUGUGGGGGGAGGCCUGGGUGGUUGUUUUUUUUUGUUUGUUUUUUUUUGUGUGGUUUUUUUAUUUUUUUUUUAUUUAUUUUUUUAUGUAGUAGAGGGAAAUUUAAAAGUAUUCUGAGUUGCAAGUGUAUUGCCUAGUUUCGUUAUGGUUAAUUGUCUAAAUCUAUUUGUCUUGCAAGUUGUUGUAUUUGUCUGCUGUCCCAUUCGUUUGGAAGAGGGGUUUACCUUAAAGGCACACUGCACUGUAGACAUCAUAUCCGCUUUCUCUUUGAAGCAGUUAUGGUGCCUGGAUCUCCCUAAUGUCAUCCCACUGUUCACGUGCAUUCCCUCCACACCCCCCAAACUUUUCUGCAAAUGCCUUUUUCAAGGGACAAACAGGGAGUGUCCAAGCUAAGGAAUAUUUGCCACUUGCCAUCACAUUCUUAACAGGACACUGUUACUACCAUGAUUUGUUAUGUUUUGUGUACUUAUCCCUAUAUUUAACUAAUAUGUAUUUGUGAUGUAUCAAAAACUAAACUUUAAAUGUAGAAAUUCCGACCCCAUUAUCUGGCAACGGGCACCUCCAUCUUAACUCCUCGGCAUUCAUUGUUUUAUAAGCUCUGUCCUUUGCACCUUGUUGUCAGCAAAAAAGGAAAGCAGACGAAGAAAUGUUUGUUCUCUUCAGUUAAAAUGUUUGUCUUGCACUUUAUAAACUGAUUUUAUAAUGUCAUUUGCUUAGUCUUUAAUAUAAAUUGGAUUAAAUACAGCCCAAACACAAGUUAUAGAUGUUUUUUCAGUGACUGUUCUCCUUUUAAAUGCAACUUUUUCAGCAUGGUACCUCUGGCACUGUUUAUCCUUUAAUAUACCUAUGGUAACUAUCCUGUUCUGUUAUCCCUGUGCAUACUCACGCCUUAUUUACAGGGCAACUUAUACAAACAGCCAUACUGCAAACCAUUAUCCAUUUUAAUGUUAAUCCUCACGUUAGGUGAAUGUGUCUGUCUUUUCAAAUUUUUUUUCCCUGGAUAACUCUUGAUUGUUGUUUUAAAGGGGAGAGAUUUUAGUCUCUGCAACAUCUGGUGCUUAAGGGGUUAAAAAUGCAUAUCUGGUUUUAUAGUGUUUUUCCUCUUUAACUCCCACUAAGAUUCUUAGAAACACAGCUUUGCGCUUUCAAGACCUCCAGGGUCUUGUUUAAACCGUCUUUCCAUGUUUCUCCAGUCCCUUUUGUAAUGUACUCUGCAACCCGCGCUGCAGAACAGUGUGAAUCCAAAAACAGGAGGAGGCUCCAUAGCUGGGGCAGAUGGAUAAUCAAAACGACACCCACAGGAUGCUAACUUCUCAGAUUUCUGUGUGCUCCACACACACGCUGUAUUAAAUGUCUGUACUACAUCUGGGUAUACAGCUACCCUUUCACUGCGACAGCAGCAUCUGUUUUCACAUUGCGCUCUUUCUGAGCGAGUGCACUAGGUUUGAAGGCUGGGUGGAACGAUGGCACAGUCUUUGUAUCAGCACUCCCAGAUUGAAAGAACCGUGGAAGCAUUUAAUGCUACGGUUAAUGCUUUCAUGUUGCCCUGGUUAGAAAAUGUCAAUAUUCAGCGUAUUUUUAUACCUGGCAUACAAAGGCCCAAGAUACCGCAUCGAUUCCUGCCUAAAUGAAUAUGAGUAACUACUUGAAUUUCUAGAAUCUUUCCUAUAGCAAUGCAAGUAUUGCACGCAGCAUUUAUGUAUAAAAUAUAUAGAUUUCUGCUAAAUUCUAAAUGUAGAACAAUAAGCAGGAAUGUUCCAUUGGUUUCCAUGGCGAUUGCUCUACAUCUAGAAGCUCCAGAAUGCCUCUCUAGACGUAACCCCUGUAGAAUCUUGGAAUCGCAGCAUAUACAGGUUGUCAGUGGACAGAGCUUGGCUCCAGACUGAAAAUUAAGUUAUUUUGGUGCCUAAAUUUGGGGCUUUCCUGUUCCCUUUAGAAAAAGUUAAUAGGAGAAUCACCAUAGAUCUAUUAAGUCUAUGAUGGCCAUGAAGCAUACUUUUUUUUUUUUUUUUUUUUAAAUAAAUAAACCCAUUCAGGAUCUUGCAAUAACAUUUCCUAUAUUCUGCCCUGAAGGUCCGAAUAUCAUGUGGACUUUGUAGUUAUUUUUGUGUUUUUGUUUUUUCUUUCUUUUUCUGUAUAUAGUAUAAAGACACCAAAAAUAUUUAGCGAUUUUAAUACUUACACAGUACAAAUCGCCAGACUGUACAAAUCGCCAAAUUCCAUUUAUUAUUGUGCAUACAUUUUUAUUUUAUUUUUUUUUUUUCAUUUUACUAGUGUUUUCAGUGAGUUUUGUUUAUUUUGGAGCUAUAUUGGAUACAUACAAACCUAUAGAUUGUUUUGUUUCAUCCAAUAGCUGUAGGAUAUACAAAGUAUUUUCACAUCUACUUACCAAUGAGGUAAUUAAAAUAUGCCAAAUAUGACCCUUGUAAAUUUUAUCUUUCAGUGCUCAUGACGGUGAUGUCAAGGAAGCUAACAAGCAUAAGGUACAACUGGGACAUGCAGCAACGCAGUGUCUCUUUCCUCCUCCGUCCCCUGCGCCUCCACAGUCGCAUGUGCAACAGCACAUCCCGCAAUAUCUGCAGUCUCAGCCUUCGCACCAGCUGCCGUUUCACCACCCAACACCUCAGCAGCAAAGCUGUCCACAGAUUGUAUCAACCGCCCAUUCAUCAACAUUUCCAUUGCAAACCUGUAUAUCCAGUAACCCACCCACCAUCCAGGCCCGGGGUCACAUACAGACUGCUGGCAGCAUGUCGUUAGCUACUGUACCAAUAGAAGUGAAGCCUUGCAUAGGCAUUUCAUACAAUAGGAGCUACCAAGUGAACGGACACUACCCCUGCAUUACACAAUGUUUCGAUAGGUGAUAACAGCAAAUGUGAAAACGGAACUAACUGCCGAUCAAUACAUACUGUGAAUGCGAAAGUCAAGUUGGAAAUUAUUUUUUUUAUUUUAUUUUUUUUCUUCCUUAUUUUUAUUUUUUUAUGUUUCCAGAAGUAUAUCUUAAAGAUGCCACAAAGUGUCUGUUACAAAAAGAUGAUGAAUCUGGAUUUAUACUACAUUAUAUUAUUCUAGAACCAAACCACUUUUUGUGCUGCUAGAGUGCAGAACGUCUGGCCUAUAAAAGGUUAAAUCAGGGAAAUUCGUGUGUUACACAACAUGGCUUCUUUCUAUGAAGGACAUUUGCAGUAUUAAUUGUGUACAUUGUACUGUGGUUAGCGUAUGUUAUAGCGGGUUACAUUCAAAUGCUCCACAACUAAUGUUCUUGGAGGUGCCAUUAAAGUAAAACAAAAAAAUGUUUUUGCUUUAAUGGAAGCAAAAGUUUAUUUCUAAAAAGCAUUUUGGAAGGUGUUUUGUUUUUUAUAUAAUUAUUAUUAUUUUUUUCUUCUUCUUUGUCUCUCACCCCAUCACCCUUCCCUUCUCUUCUUCCAUAUUUGCUUCCUGCUGAAAUACACUGGUAGAUGCCCUAGGGUAAUUAAACAACCCAGGUUGGAUUUCAACCACUUCUCCCUUUUGAGGGCAAAUUUGUAAUUGAACUGUCACAAGUAGGUUAAUUAUUUUAAAAAAUAAUCUGCCCUGCAUGCAAAUGGCAAGCUGCAAAGUGUGUUGUGCAGGCUCACUCAUAGAAAACUAUAAGGGUACCAGUACUAUCUCUUUGGACAUGAUGUGCGUACACAUUUUAAGACUUUGUACUGGCCAUGGGAAAGCUAUGAUUUCAGAUUGCGGGGUAGUAGGCUUUAGUACAAUAAUCUGAACUGAAGAGCCAAGGUUGUUAUGGUGGAUUUCCCUUUUAAGGACAGGAUAUUCAAAUUGUACCAUGAUAUGUCAUUGGUCCUUAGUUUAAAAAAAAAAAAAAAUGCUUGCCAUAUUUUUCCAAAUUCCAAAAUGCAUUUUUAAAAGUGGCUUUUGGUUCUAUAACGUUGAAAUGUAUGUCUGUAAAUGUAAAAUCUAGGGGUUCAAUCACUGCAGCUUUGUGUAAUUAUAAUCUAUACAGGUGAAUACUUAUUAACCGUGAUGUUCUAAUUCAAUUUAUACCUCACCGGAAAUAUUUCUGAGGAAAUAAAGCAAUAAUUCCAUACUAACUCAGGGAAAUAAUCAAUAAUAUAUAUCCAUCAUGCUGCUGGUGUAUAUUUAACAUAGGGUUCGACGUGUUAAGAGUCGCUUCUAUUAGCUAAGGUCUAAUUUUAUAUUGUACAGCAUUCCUAAAAAUGUAUAACCUUCAACAAUUAACCCAGCAUUUAAAUUUUAGUUCUUUUUAGAGAAUGUGGUGAUCUUUAUUCAUUUUGUUGAGAGGGGGUUAAAUGUGACUCGGGGAAAGCAUACCCAAACCUCUUGGUAGUAAGUGGGGUUUUUUUUUUGUUUGUUUUUUGUAUAGGUAGGGAAUAUAAUACUGUACUUUAGAUUAAUGUAUAUACCUAUAUAACAUGUUAAUUACAUUUACAGGCAUAAUGACACAGAAUCGUAUCAUUGAUUUGGCCUUAUCUAGUACAGUUUGCAAUUUGCUACAAUUGGUUAAAAAAAAAAAAAGUUGUUUCCAUUCCAUGUUACCCUUUGUUCUAUUUUAAAUUUAGGAAUGGAUCUAGACUAGUAGAAUUGGAUUGGAAGUCCUAAAGUCACAGGGAUAUAUUUUAUACCCCCUCUCUGUCUUGGUAGUGUUUAGUUUUAUGUUUGGUUUUUUUGUUCUUAACUUUUUUUGAAAUUGAUGAUCCUUUAUACAGUAACGUUUUAGAAAGCUUAUGUACAAUUCGGUAGCGCCAGAACAAAGUGGGUAACUGAUUUUUGUGUUCGUAGCAUUCCAUAUGAUGACUUUAUAAAAUUCUUUCUUUAACUACCUCAUAAUAAUAACCAUAGUCUGUCCGAUUUUUAGAGAUGACAACUUGAAUUUCAACUGACCUGUGAGCCAACUUCUUUUUUUUUUUUUUCAAUGCAGCAGAGGUAGUGUUAUUGUUUGUUUUUAUUUUUUUAAAUUUUGGGGUUUUUUUUGUAAUGCUUGAGCAACAGGAACAUUGUUACCUAAGAGCAAAUUGCGAACACUGGAAUUGUUCUUUUGAGGAGAGGAUUUAAAGCAAUUGGGGGAAAAGAAAUGUAUGGAUUUGAUGUCUUCCAUACAUUGCUACUGUACAUGUUCCAUCUUCAUUUGUGGGUUUUUUGUUUUUUCAAUAUAGGCAGUAAGAACCAACUUGAAUACACUAUGGGGGCACUGUUAAUGGUGCGCAAUUCGGGGCCGAGUGGAGCAAUCAAUGUGAGCGUCUCAGUUUUUACGGCGAUUGCUCUAGUUUUACAACAUUUCCCGAUAUUGGCCCCUUAUGUUUUAUUUAUUGUGUAGAUUUGCCUUCUUUUGUGUAACUACAUGAUCAUGAUUUAAACAGCCAAAGGUAUGUGUGCACUGUGAUCUGUUACAGCUGUUCAAAAAAGGAUGAUGUUACCACAUAUUAUGAGAACUGUUUCAAAGCAGAAGCCAAAAUGUUGUGGACUUUUCAUCAGAAUAUAUGGAAAAUUGCCCAAUUUUGCCACAACUGAGAUUUCUGAAUGAGUGCUAUGCACUUCAUUUUUAAUAAACCUUUUCUUUGCUUAAA